GACAGCAAGGUCAGUGGCUGUAGGUCUGAGCUGGGGACAAUUUGGGGACCUUCUGGCCCAUGAUGGCCACCCUGAGUUGGGGACAAGGAGGGGACAGUGGGGCCCGUGGCCCUCACCCCGUCUGGAGCCACUGUCUCCUCUCCGGGGGUCCCUUGCCUCCAACCCACACCCCCUCCCCCCCAGUGAACAGCAGCAUGGCACAGACACUGUACGAGCAGGUGCGGGUCCUGUGCUGGGUGAUGACGGGACCCCCCACCCUGGAGACGCGGGCCCGCCACGUCCGGGCCACCUGGGCCCGGCACUGCAACCUGGUCCUGUUCAUGAGCUCAGCACCGACCCAGGGCUUCCCCGGGGCCGUGGGGCUGCCCGUGGGUGAGGGUCGUUCCCAGCUCUACUGGAAAACCAUCCGCGCCCUCCAGUACGUGCACCAGCACCACCGGGACCAGGCCGACUGGUUCCUCAAGGCGGACGACGACACCUUCGUGGUGGUGGCCAACCUGCGCUGGCUGCUGGCCGCCCACUCGCCCCAGCGCCCCGUCUACCUGGGCAAGCGGUUCCGGCCCUGGGCCCGGCAGGGCUACAUGAGCGGCGGGGCGGGCUACGUGCUCAGCAGGGAGGCCCUGCGGCGCUUCGUGGGGGCCGUGGCCUCUGGCACCUGUGACCACACCAGCGCCGUGGAGGACGUGGCCCUGGGCCAGUGCCUGGAGAAGCUGGGGGUGGAGGCGGGAGACUCGCGGGACCCCCGAGGCCGAGAGACCUUCCACCCCUUCUCACCCGAGACCCACCUCACGGCCCCGCUGCACCUCGACCCCUCCUACCUGCUGUACUCCUACUACCCAGUCACACCAGGUCCCCAGUGCUGCUCGGACCUGUCGGUCUCGUUCCACUACGUCCCCGGGGAGCAGAUGUACGAGCUGGAGUACCUGACCCACCGCCUGCGCCCCUACGGCUACCGGCCCCGCUACUGGCCCCCCCCGGCCCCCAACACCACCUACCCCAGCACCCCCGAUCCCUGAGAACCACCCCAAAUCACCCAGCAGCCUCCCUGGGACCUGGGUGCUGUCCCAGGGCUGUGGCACCGCUGCACUGGGUUCUCACCAAAGGGGAGUCCUGCGCUGACCACGGGACCACCGGUGUGGAGGCAUCUUGGCUCUGUGCCACCCAGUCAUGUCACAGUGUCACCAGCAGCGGCCCAGUGUGGUCUAUGGCUCAGUACGCACCCCCCUCCCAGGGGCACAGCCCCCCCGUCACAGCCCCCACGCUCGGUGGCCCUGACCCACAGCACCGCAGCAUCACCCGCGUCGUGCCAUGCACAGCCCCACGGCACAAGCCCCCAGAGCUGCCUCAUGGCCCCGUGUCCCCUCCCUAGACCAUGUCCCCCCUCCUUCUCCCCCCCUGCUGGGAAGGAGCAGCCAGGGUCACAGCGCCAAGUCCCACAUGUCACAGACGGACAGUUACAAUCCGAGAGAUGAAAACGCUGUACACGGCCCGGACCCCCCGGACCCCCCCCCCCCACGGCCCAGACUUCCCCUGGACCUCCCCUUCCCAAGCCCCCCACCUUGGCGUCCCUGGCUCAGUCCCCCUGGGGCGUGUGGGGGGCGUCACAGCAGGGGGUGCCCCGACAUUCAAGGGGGGGGCUGGCGGUGGGGGAUGGGGUGUCCCACACACCCCUACAGUGGGAAGGGGGCUGUGGGUCCGGCCGGCCGUGCCCCCCCGCCGGGCUGGCUCUAUCCUAACGCUGAAUGAAGCAAUAAAUUAAAGGGGUUCCCAA